UAAACUCUCGUUUGGAGGAAUUACUAAAUUCUUUCUAAAUUAAAUGUGACAGAAAGUUAUGUAAAAUGGCGUAUUUGACCAUGGAUAACGUAGUCUGUGCAUGUAUAAUGGUUUUAUUUCAAAUAGUAUUAAACAUCAGUACCGUAAAAGGUAGUGUAGGGAACUAUUGUCCAGACGAAGGCAGAGCGCACCAUGGAGAGUGGCGAUUUCAUACCGACGAGAUCGACGGCUCUUCUUGUGAACUGAUAUGUCACCAUGGUUACAGCCCUAGCGGAUGCACUGUUCUCAGGAAAGAUGGAUUUGGGAACUGGAACUAUGAUAUUCCAACUUGUGAAAAAGACUCUUGCUUCUCUAUGUCGACGCUUGUGUGUAAGGCAGCUGGAUUUGCUCCCGAAUAUGUAUUAGGGUCCUUUGGAUUUUCAAAGACUGGCAUUGUUAAAAAUUCCAUUGCUGCAAAACUGAUGAAAUGGCUGGUUUGUUUUAACAUUACUUUGAUUAAAAGUUAGCAUGAGUUUUGCUUUUUUCAAAUUAAAGUUAUUAAUGAGCAUGGAUCUGAACAUAAACAUCCUCUAAAUGGUGCAUUGCUGUAUGAAUUAAAACACGAGUUCCACGACCACAAGCUUCAAGUUCAAUAGAACACUGAUCGUUCAACGUCUUAGGUGCAUUAUCAGUGUGUACAUACCACGUGGUUUGUGACGUCA